CGCUUUUAGGAGACAGAAAAAUUGAAUUAAGAAUUUGCAAUGCACAGUGCUCUAAUUUUUCCUUUUCGCUAACUAUUGAUUUCCUUCUGGCAUCCUAGCAAUUUCCGUGCCAAGCACUCACUGUUAAAUUGGUCCUUAACUAUUCAAAUGAGCAACGGCAAUGCAGUUCCCAUAAUGCAAUACAUAGUAUUCCAGUUGGUUGCUGGCGUCUUUAAAUGUUAAAUUGAUCAGAACUGUACGGGCCAGUAAAACAACGAAUUAGAAAAAUCUCUUCUUAACGAUCAGCCCAUCAGCCGCACAGUGGCACAGCACAGUCGCAUACUUGGGAUCCAUUACGCUCCGUUCAUGUCCGCACUUUAAAACGUCGCUUUGCAUGCAUAAACUCGGCGUAUAACUUUGGGACGACAAGAUACAUGCAAAUGUAACUAGCUGCUUAAAAUAGCCGCGUCGUCGCUCUGUGAAUGAUGAUGAUGCCCGUUUGAUCUGUUUAGUCUGCUUGACAUUUUGCGUUUAAAAUUUCAUAUUUCGUCGCUUGGGAUGAUAAUGUACACCAUGCAAUAUGCACGACACUUACGGGCGAUUCAUCGUCAUUCGGUUGCUGAGUUUUUCAGCAUUACUGGCGGACUUCCUGACGCAGGCGGUCGCUGAUACCUGUCCAUGGCAAUGUACAUGCACAGAAUUCAUCCACAAAACAUCCGCUGUUGGCUUCGAGGUGUCAUGUAACGGAAGAGACCUAAAACUUCUUCCGGUAUUUCCGCGUAAUACACUGACGAUCGACAUUUCCGGAAACAAAUUUACCAAAAUCCCGACAAAUUUUUUUCCUCGUUUGACCCAUCUGCACUCGCUAUGGUUGGACAAUAAUAAAAUUGCAACUAUUGAACCGUUUUCGUUUCGUGGGAUGCAAAAUUUGGAAGUGGUAUCAAUAAGGAACAAUAAGGAAUUGAAUUACCUUUCCAAAUUCUCCUUUUCCGGGUUGCGAUACGUUCACCGGCUGAUCAUAACGGAUAAUAACAUUUCCUGGAUAGAGAAGAACGCCUUUUACGCCACAGCCUAUGUGGACACGAUCGCCCUGUAUGGCAACCCAAUACAGGAACUGCGCCCGGCAGCCUUCAACAAUCUCAAGUAUAUCCAACAUUUCCGGCUGCCAGUCGGCAUAACCACCAUAAUUCCCGGAUCCUUUGCCGGCUUGUCGUUGGUGCAGGACCUGACAAUCGAGAGUUUAAAUAUUACACUCUUCCGGCCUGACACGUUCUUUAAUCUGACCGAUAUUACGCAUUUACGCAUUCACGACUCCGCCAUCCACGCACUGACCACGCCCCGCGCCUUGGCCGGCAUGGAGCGGAUUAAUGCACUGAUAUUCGGCCGGUGCACCAUCGGGGAGGUGGGACCGCAGAUCUUUGAGGAAUUCGAUAAAGUGGCCAAGUUGCAGUUUGAGCGCAAUCAUUUUGUCAAAAUACAGGAAAACUUUCCCGGUUCCUUGGCCCGCGUGGCGGAUGUGGUGGAAUUUCAUGAAAAUGACGCGGAUUGUUGUAGCAUUGAUGUGGAUUAUGUACAUCGCUGGCAACAGCUGGCCAGGACAUCGCUGGUGGUUAGUGAGUUCUUGCACGGGAUCAUGUGCAUUGCGCCAAAAUGGGUGUUCGAGGAGAGCUUGUUUACGGUCAACAUGUCAACGCUGCGAAAUGCGUGUAGCGGUGCGCUGGACCGACAAUACCAGGCUGAACUGGAUGGCCGGGAAAAACAAAGACCGGCAUUGAGUGAAUUAUAUAAAGCGAAGAAUUCUUGUACAUUACUGUUAUGCGAAGCGUUUUUUAUUUUAGUUUCCAUGUUAAUUGUUAUCAUGCGCCCAGACGUAUAGAUUUUGGGCUUGGAUUUAAUCUGUGAUAA